AUGACUUACAUAUUGACAGACACGUUCCAGAAAGACACUGUGUGCAGACCCUGCCCAGAGGGAACCUACAGCGAUGUGGAUGACUACUUUUCCAGCUGCAAAAAUCAUACAAGUUGUGAUGAUUUGGGUCGACAUCUGAAAGUUUCUGGGACCAGCAAAUCAGAUGUUGUGUGUGGAAAUUUUAAACCAUGUACUACAUCUUGUUCUUGGUUGUUACCUGCUAGUUUGUGGGCAGGGAUCGUGAUUACUGGCCUGAUUGUAUUUCUAAUCCUGUUUACAAUUUAUUGGAGAAACAAACGUCAGUCAAAAAGAUUAGAGAUUUCUUUAAGCCACAUCUCACCAGUGCUUCCUCCAGACAUCCUGAAAUACCCUGCAGACUGUGAUGUGGAGAAACAUGCAGAGCAUCAGCAACUCACACAUUUAGUUGGAAAUUACCCAGACAUGGACAGCAGCAUACAGUGUGAUGGAUUUAUGCCAACGAUGACAAUGUCAGAGAAAUACGGCCCCUCAGCUGCCUCAAAUGGAUAUACAGACAGCAUCACGUGCCACUUGAACUAUCAGUCGGAGCCACAGGAGUCUGAAUGGAAUGAUUAACUUUGGCACAUGAACUUCCUAUUAACCUGACAAUUAUCUAUAUAGUGUUUUUUUUUCUACCAGUGAAGAAGCUUUACUUCUUUUCUGGUAGAAUGUGUAAAUAACUUAUUUUUUAUGGGAAAAUAUUUAAUUGAAUACACUUCACAAAACAAUUCGCAAUUGACACCGUAGACUUGGUAACUUUUCUUUACAGACUUGUAGUCCGAAUUAUUUUCCACCAUUCUGUUUCACUAGCGAAGCCCACAAUCACUCAGAAGUACGUACUUGACCACAAAGCAAAACAUGUGCCGUUUCUCAAUAUGCGUUCUAGUCUGUUCUUGUG